GAUUGUCAGCAACACACACACGCACACACACACACACACUCGCACACACUGUGUAGUAGUCCAGGUUGUACAGUGCGUGGGGCGGUACUACUACACAUAGCGGCAUAACGACACAUUGUUCUGCAGCCAAGCCAGCUUCAAGUAAAUCGGAGGGGACUGGAAAAAAAUAAAGUUAAGUGCCUUUGUUUGACUCAUCAUCGCGGACAACAGGGACUUGGCUGGAGGAGCAUACAUGGUGGGAGAGAUCGCCUCCGACAAGCUUUUCUGAAAGCUACCGUUGGGACAUCUGUGGGUCGUUUUAUUCUCCUGGACACACACACGAACAAACGGCGUUGGACACGAGCAGCCUAAGUACUAGAAGUUCGCUGCCGUCCACACAGCCAUCGAUCGCAGCCCUCCCGCCUACUUCUCUCAGCCCCCGGACUUCGGAGGGACGGAGCCUCAGUGUGUAAGCUGCAGCGGUGGACGCAGCGAGAGGAAUAGGGUCUCUGGCGAAACCAACGCAUAAGAGCUUUGAACAAAUCAUCUCUUUUCACCCGAGGCUUCAGAAGAGACCGUCGCUGAGCUUGAAUUGCUGGCGGUUGGAUUUCAUUGGGAGGGGGGACAAAAACCGAAUAGAUUACUUCUAGUCUGAACUCUUCCACCGAGGAAUCACCGCAGUUUGAUGCACUCUCCUGCGGACCAGCGCAUCUCCAUAGGGGUUCUAGUUUGAAACAAGUCGCUUCGCCCUCAAGAAGUGGAUAACUGUGAAGUUCCCCCAAGCAUCUGGAUUGGCGCAACUUGCAUGCGCGGUCUUCUUGGUCAUCUCGAGUAAACGUAUCGAUCGGUCGACUCAGGUUAUCAGGGAGAAGAUCCGGAUAGUCGCGGUGCCAUGGCUGUGUACGUAGGUGCAUGGAUCGUCCUGCUGGCGCUAUGCGUCCACUCGGGCGCGGGCCAGAUGGUGCAGAUGGACUCUGUGAAGUCGGGCUUCGUGGGCGCCACGGUGGAGCUGAAGUGCAUCUUCGUCAACAGCAACCCGCCCGUCAAGAUCUCCCAGGUGACCUGGCAGAAGCUGACCAACGGCACCAAGCAGAACCUGGCCAUCGCCAACCCCGCGCUGGGCAUCUCGGUGCUGGCACCCUUCAAGGAACGCGUGUCCUUCAAGCAGGACCUGAAGAAGACCCCCUCCCUGGAGGACACCACCAUCGUGUUCUCCAACCUGCGGCUGUCGGACGACGCCGCCUACAUCUGCGAGUACACCACCUUCCCCGCGGGCAACAGGGAGAACAUGGUGAACCUCAGCGUGUUCGCCCGACCCAGGACCAGCCUGGCCCUGACCUCGUCCACCAUCGUGGCGCGUGCCUCGAGCCGCAAGACCACCGUGGCCACGUGCAUCUCGGCCAACGGGAAGCCCACCAGCGUGAUCAAGUGGGACACGCUGCUGAAGGGUGAAUUCGACUUCAAGGAGACGACAAACGCCAACGGCACGGUGACGGUGCGCAGCAACUACAUGGUGAUACCCAGCAGCAAGAUGCACAAGAUGAAGCUGACGUGCAUCGUGAGGUACCGCAACGAGCACAUCACCGACAGCGUCGUGCUCAACGUCCAGUACGAACCGGAGGUGACCAUCGAGGGCUUCGACGGCAACUGGUACCUCAACCGCCAGGACGUCAAGCUGACCUGCAACGCCAACGCCAACCCUCCCGUCACCGUCUACCAAUGGAAACUGCUGAACGGCUCCAUGCCCACCAAUGUGGAGGUGAAGAACAACAGCCUAUUCUUCAAGGGCCCCGUGACCUACGAGCAAGCCGGCGCCUACGUCUGCGAGGCCACCAACAACAUCGGUCGGCGCACCGGCUCCGUGGAGGUCAACAUCACCGAAUUCCCUAGCAUCCCGACCACUCGGAGCACCAAUAUCGAAGCCGAGCCGCACAAAACCGGCCUGGUGAUUGGGAGCGUGGCGGGGGGCUUGGCCCUGCUGGUCCUGCUCGCCGUCCUGCUCUUCGUGUACCUGCGCCACCGCCAGCGCAUCUUCAAGGGCGACUACAACACCAAGAAGCACGUGUUCGGCAACGGCUACAGCAAGGCCGGCGGCGUGCCCGCGCACCCGCCCCUGCCCAAGAACCUGCAGUACACCGAGGACUCGGACGACGAGAAGAAGCCGGCGCAGGUCAUCGGCCAGGGGGGCUUCGAGGGGCGCGAGCGCGACUUUGACGGCGAGACGGAGGACCUGAAGAGGCCCUACUUCACGGUGGACGAGGGCGAGAGCCGGGACUACGACGAGCGGACGCUGGCCUUCCAGUACGACGCCGAGGCGGAGAUCGCCGACGACAUGAUCUCCCAGACCGACGGCUCCGUCAUUUCUAAGAAGGAGUGGUACGUGUAGUGGCCGGCGUCGGACGGGGUGGCGUGGACGGGGUGCGGGGGAGGGGGGCGGCAGCGUGCGCCAGACCAACCCUUCAGACCAGUCCUCCUGCCUCCGGCUGUCCUCACCUGCAACCCUCUCCACCCACACCCCUCCUCAACCCCCUCCACCCUCACCCUUGCACCGUCACACCUCCACUUUCUCCCCCCCCCCCCCCAUCCCCCUGUCCUCCUCCCUCUGUAAAUUUGCCCAGUCACUCAUUGGCUCUGAAAGCCUCCCCCCCCCAAACUCCUUAACCUCUCCCAGCAGCAUCAUAUACCCCCCCCCCCCCCCGCGCAUCUCACCUGAUGUCCAUGAAAAAAAAAAAAGGUCAAACAAAAUAAUAGCAACGUGUCAAUCUUCAAAGUGCUAGCACCAUCGCCUCGACCACGCAGCAUCUCGGUGUCCUGAAUUUUUCUGUGAAUGAGAGCAAAGAAUACAAAGACAAGGUACGUACUGUGAUUGGUUCGAGAGCGCCAAUCACCAUUGACUUUGAAAUGGUGAGGGAGGUGACUGUUUUAUUAAUACUGGUGUAUUAUUAUUAUUUUGUGUGUAUUUUUCAUGUUAUAAAUGUAUUAAAUGUAUAAAAAAAAAGUGACUGUGGGAAAGGGGUGUAUCGGAGUGUGUUUGUGAAAAGUCCUACACUGGAUGUAAGAAUCUUGUUUUUCAUAUUGUGUUUUGGAAUAUCAUUGUCAUUUCUUUUUUUCAUGGUUGUUUUUCUAAGGCUUCUUUUUGGUAUGAUUUCAAAAGUGAAAACAGAAUUGUGAUGAAAUGUCUCACAAAUUUACUGUUGGAGGUAUUCACUCAAAUGCUUCAGAGAGAGAGAGAGAGAAAGAAAAAAGGACAAAUGGUCUAAAAUACUUCAAGAUCCUUCUGCUCUUGGCCGGAUUACAGGGAACACAAUGCUUAGAGGGGGUGUCAGUAUCAUUUGCAGUGAUAGCGCCAACCGUGUCUGCUCAUUUUGACAUCAGCCAGGCCCGUUGCAUGCUACGCACGUCUUGUCACCACCUUCAACGCCCGGCACAAAGGGGUACAAAGGGGGCCCGCACUUAAGUCCAGGUAUCGUCGUUCACUUUGUAAGUUAUAGCAGAAACUCCAGGCUUUUUUGGUGCCCAGCAAAACAAAUGCCACUGAUACCACCUUUGCAUUGUGUUCCAAUGCCGACACACCGGCCUAAGUAGGCCCCCGCUGGGCUCCCAAGUCCCUCGCUCAAUAGUUCCGUCUCCUUCCCCCUGACAGAUUUUAUUUCUUUGUUUUAACAGAAAUGUCGCGAGCACAAUAGCGGUGGUGGUGGUGGUGGUAGGAGGGGCGGAGGGUACUUUGUCUCAAACGUUUUGAAUUUGGUGACCGAGUUAGAUGAGAUGGAUUUUCGUUGAGGUCCAGGGACGUUGGACUAAAUGUGCCUGUACAAAUAGAACUGUACAAUUGACCACUGUAAUGAAAUGUUUUGGGGUUUUGUUUGGGGGUGACGUUUGUCAUAACGAUGUGGAUUUACUCGUAGUUCUUUUAUUUUGAUUACUUUAGCAAAUGGAUGUAGACACAAUGUGGUAGGGAUUCCCCGUAAUCAUCUUGAUGGUGGCCCGUUGCACACGUCAACCGCAUCAUCUAUUAGGUAUCCUCUGUCCAUGCUGUGGACAUACAGAGAAUGUCCUCUCGUAAAUUAUUUUGUUUUUUUAUACACACCGAGCAAACAUUUAUAAAUGUAUAGGGAACUUAAAACAAAUAAUUCAAACAUUAGCCAUUCUGUAACACAUUAUGACUACAUUAUGGCCGAAAGACUGAAACAUUGAUAUUUUAUUUUUUUUGGCCUCUGGUAAAUGAGAAUACAUAAAAAAUAUAUAUUAUCUGAGAUGCAAAAACUACAAAGGAAUGAAUGCAACGCAAACACAAAAUGACAUAACCAACCUAUGGAAAUACGAGAGACCUGCAACAGGAGAGACCAAUCCGUGGCGUUAGUAUCUUACUAGCUCUGAACAACUUAAAUAACUCAUCAAUUAUUUUAUGCAUAAUUUUGUGUGGGAAGAAUGUCGCUUUAAUUGUUUGAUUUUUUUUUACUUCAUUACCAGCUAAAAAAAAAAUAAUAAUUGCAGGUUUAAUAUUCUCUGUUAUGUGUGCAGGAAAUGUGCAGCGGUCAAGCAUUCUGCAGUUCAUAAUAAAGUAUGUGUUUAGAAAAAAAAAUACACAUAUCUGUCAGAGCAGAUAGCCUUCAGCUUGCUAAGGUCAAUGUUUUCCAAAUCCUUCAGGCGUGUCUAUAGUAUCUCCCCUGAUCAUGAACUCCACGGGCUUCGAAACACUGCGAACGUACGUUCAACUCACUGAACAAACAUCCCCAAAAAUGUUAUUGCGAGCGAAACGGAAGCAUCGUAUUUCCCCUCAAAUCUUUUCCUAAAUUUGUCAGCCGUAUUACUUUCGUAGGUGUCCUGUGGUUCUGCUGGUGUACUGUGGGUGAGCUACUACAGUAGUUCUAGAAAGGUACAGUCACAUGGGAUUUAGGUUUACUCCAGAUGACUGGACAGCCAAUAGGCAGUAUCGCAGGUGUUUCGCUAAAUAUGAACUAAUAUCUUUUAGUUUGAUGUCGUUAGCUUUUGAUAACUGAUAUGCAGUUUCUUUUUUAUAUUUAGUACCACACCUUAGCGUAGAUUAACAUGGAAAAUUAAAGAAAGUUUAUCCUUGCAUUCAGUGAUUCAGUGCCUAUUAAAGAGUUUAGAGAGUCUAUUCAAGAGAGUCCACAUUGUUUGGACACUAGCCGAACAGCUUAUUCAUGUCAUGCAAAUUUAAAAUAUAAAAUAUGAUAAAUUGCAGUUUGUUAUUUUUAAUCCGUUACGUUUUUCUGAAAUAAAAUUAUGGGUGGUUUUAGAUAGAAUAUCCAUGAAGGGGAAUAUUGCUAAUAACAUUUCAAUCAUGAUGCUAAUAUCUGUCUGUACUCAAUACUGGGAAAACUAAUGAAAUUAUGUGUCGGUAUAAACCUGUAAAAGAUACCUGAGGGGUCCCAGCAAUUUUUUUCUGUUCAAAAUGGAACACUUGAAAUCCUUACAGGAGGUAAAAAAUAAAUAAAAAAAGCCACACAUUGUUGACUUUCGAAAGCACAACUAGACAAGCUGUUUGGACAUAUGGUUUAAUAAUCACAAAGGCAAUGUUGGAACAGGCCGAGAAACAAAGAUCAAUCCUGCUCCUUGUCAAGCACAAAUCAAUACUUGCUUUCAUUUAAGUUAACCUUAUUAAGUUGUUUACUCUUUCUUUUAUUUUUCUCCUAUUUCCAUUAUGAAACAACUGCCACAAAUUUUUUCUGGACAAUUUCAAAGAGUGAAAAGACUUGGUGGUUCUUGUGUUUUAUUUUAUUUCGGUCUCCAUUCUCUCUCUCUAUACUAGCAGAUGUAACCAUUGUCUUAAUGCUGUCGGGGUGAUUUAAUUUCAGAUGAUUUUUGUAAAAGCGAACUGUAACUUCAUUCCAUCCUGCUCACGCCAAGAGUUCACAUUCCACUGUAAAUAAUGUACAUACCGUUGAAAUUAUAGUGGGGAUUUAUUUAGGGAAGAAUGCAUAGGAACCGUGUUCAUGUAAAAUAUUCCUGUUUGGACUGCAGAUAUAGCCCUGGUAACGAUGGAUAGACAAGAGGUCAAUGUAUAGCUCAUGUCCAAAGUUUCGUCAAAGAUGCCACUCUGUUUUUUUGAUAUAUGCCACUCGCGUGUUUGUGGUCAUUUAAAGGGGUGUUGCAUAGAUUUGUUGACUCGAUGUUACGGCAGAAAGGAGAGACCUGUUUGCAGCCAUGUGAAUGUAUAUUUCCUGAGGGUGUUACAAGUUUGAGAAAAAAAAUCAUGUUCAAUUGUGAUGACCCAGUGAAGUAAACUGUAUUUGUUUUUGAGCAUUAAAUGAUUUCAAUAGUCAACAAUGUUCCCUCGCUACUCACUGAUUGGUUAGAUGAGUGUGGUGCUGAAUUCUGAUUGGUUCCCUUGUUAACACAUAGUCCUUUUUGUUUGCUGAUCAACCCAUACUUUUUAAUAAACAAAUGAAAACAUA